AUGUGGCAAGAUCGAUUUGGCUUCUCAUACGAAAAAGCAGCAGAACUCGUUUCCAUCACGAAAUCCACAAAGAACCCAAUUUCUUCUUCCGCCACACGUCAAGCAAUGCUUUCACCUGCCCAAGCUAGCAUCAUAUAUGCACUGAAGCUAGAAAGACCAUUCGCGACACCACAGGAAGUCCAGAAGGCUGCACGGCUUUCGAAACUGCCACAAAUUUACCAUGGAGCCGGCGAAGAAGGAGAUGCGACUUUUUGCAAGAUUGACGGCCAAACGAAACAGUGCCUCGAAAAUUGGCUUUCAAAGGAGAAGAGCACUUUCCGACCACUUUUUGUUCCAGAGGGAAAAGCAUACAAAGAAUUGUCCGAUGACUCUUUGUAUCCAACACUUGGAAAGGACGCAACACUCCCGCAAUACCGUCCCCAAGAUCCACAUCUCCUCGAUAAAUGCCCUUCAUACCUACCCAGCCAACACACCUUUCCAGUCUGGUAUUUUUUCUACGGCACGUUAGCUAGUGUCCCAAAGCUCCGAAGUCUUCUUGGACUUUCUGAGAAUGAAACUCCCGUUUUGCAUCCUGGAACUGUAACCGGAGGUCGGAUGAAAACCUGGGGAAAGGGAAAAUAUAAUGCGCUCGUUAAUGGAAGGGAAACAGACUGUGUUCAAGGAUCUGCUUUUCAAGUCCUGUCUGAAGAACAUGAAGAUUCGUUGAGAAAGUAUGAGACAAGUGCGUAUGAGGUUGUAAGGUGUUUGAUUGAGAUGGAGGGAAGUGUAGAAGGUUGUACAUUUCGGUUUGUAGGGGAAACCGAUUGA